CGAAGGGCUAUCGACAUUCGUACCUUCGAGGACGAUCUGUCAAGGUACAGUCAAGCAGUACAGAAAAUCAUCCUUAGCAGAUCUUCUGUCUACAUUUCUUGGAACCAUGGCAAAGACUGAAGAAGAGCUUGACUCCGGUCCCGACGAAGGGAGUCUUCUCGUCCUUCCUCCCGACGAUAAAAAGUCCUCGCUAGCAAAGACCCAAAUGAUGAGUCAACGAACGAUGAAGUGGACACAAACCAAGACGCCGGCGACCUCGGUUGGGAAAGCUCUCAUGGAGCAAACGCAAGGAUACAACAAGGCUAUCAAAGGCAUUCAUGUUUCCAAGAUCACUUCACGGGGAAAGUUUCGCUCGCGCAUUUUGACCGUUAGUCACGAUCGCUUCGCCUUGUUUUGCACCCAUCAAUCUAUAAAAGGUGGAUCGGGAUUUCUUUCAACGAUGGCUCGGAAGCUGCCUGUACCAUUCAUAACUCGUAAGGGUGUUCGAGGUUUCACCCAGCCCGAGGCAUUGCGAGACAAGUACGUCCGCUACAUCGAUAUCGCAGACAUUGAUUCGGUUCAAGUGGGUGUUGUAGGAACUCAGAAAUUAGAAGCCGCCAGGGAACACAAUCGCCUGAAAGGAAAAGAUUCCAGGGUGGAUAUCCAUCGAAACGAGAUUGUUACAAUUGUCCACCAUGGCCACGAUUCCUUGGAUGUGCUCAUUACCAAGAAAGAUGAGCGUGUCGAACUGGUUAAUUGUAUUCAGAAGAUGCGCAAGGCAUACUUCGAAGCACAAAGGAAUGUGAGCAAUGAGGCUCUUCUGCUGCGCUACAUUUGGUAUGACGUAGAUGUGAAUCGGGACGGACAAAUCGGUGAGACAGAAUUCAACAAAAUUCUAAACCGCAUCAAUUUUUCAGUCAAGAAUCCAGGCAAGGUCUUUAGGGAACACAUCAAGUCCAAAUUGAAAAGCCGAAAACAAGAUGGCCUUUCGUACCCCGAGGUGAUGGAACUUCUCCAGAAGCUCAAGAAGCAAAAGAACACGUCGAUGGCAAACUUAAUCUGGGAUGAGGUUUUUGGCAUAGAGGCUGAUAAAGUAUCGGCGGGUCAGUUUCUCUCUAAGUUCAUCCACGCUAAACAGGGACAACACAAUGCAUCGAUCGCGAACGCCAUUGAGGUUAUUUCUUCUUUGAAUCAAAUGGAAAUCAAUCAUCAAUUUGGUGAACCCUUACUUGUUAUGCCAGACGAUGAGCUGAGUCGUGCUCGUUUCGAAUUAUAUCUGUUCGAUGUUAUGAAUAGUGCAUGUGAUCCUUGGAAGCUUCAGAUGAUCGGCGACGUGACCCUAGAUCAACCCAUGUCAAAGUAUUGGAUCAACACCAGUCACAACACGUACUUGACAGGGGACCAACUGCAGAGUACCAGUUCUGUUGAAAUGUAUAUGCGAUCACUCAGGCGUGGCUGCAAAUGCCUCGAGCUAGACUGCUGGGAUGGGGAGAAGUCUGACUCAGGGGAUUACCUGCCGAUUGUCUUUCACGGGCAUACAUUGACAUCUAAGAUCCUUUUUAUCGACAUUAUUCGAGGAGUUCGGAGCUACAUGGCCUUUCACAAGUUCACCUAUCCUGUAAUUUUGUCGCUCGAAAAUCACUGCUCUCAUCCUUUCCAGCUGGCGAUCGCCAAAAUUCUCGAAGAUGUCCUCGGCGACUACCUAUAUGUUCCAGCGGUUGACGUUUCGCAACAUCCAUUGCCAUCUCCGGAGUCAUUGCGAGGUAGGGUUGUUAUAAAGGGCAAGCGGCCGCCUGAACCUGACGAUAAUGCCGAAGAAUUGGCGGAACCAGUCGACGAUGAAGAAGACCCCUAUGAUCCGAAGGCGAUACCGGUGGCCGGAAAAGCUGACACCAAGAUUUCCAAACAUGCCAAAAUUGUUAAGGAGCUUGCUCGAUUGACCCUCUUCCAUGGAACUAAGUUUAAAGCUUUCGAGCAAUCCAUUACCGAACCGUUUUCUCAUAUGCAUUCCAUUGGUGAGGCCAAAAUCGGAAAAAUUCUGAGCAAGAAUCCUGCAAACACAGAUCUUUGGCGUCAGUACAAUGUAAAUCACAUGACGCGCACUUAUCCGUCAGGGACGCGGGUCGACUCUUCCAAUUAUAAUCCUCUUUUGGCGUGGUCGGUGGGUUCGCAACUUGUGGCACUGAACUUUCAGACGAGUGACACACCUUUGCUUUUGAACGAUGGACGUUUUCGUGAAAACAAACACUCUGGAUACGUCCUCAAGCCACCGAGCGUCCUGGGAAUUGCAUCAGAGACCUUGAUCCGUACCAAAAAGCAGCGCUCCCGAAUUAUCCCAGAAGACAAUUUUCGAAAGAGAGUUCUUCCUCUGUGUGUCAGGGUCCGUGUAUUAUCAGGCAGCUGCUUGCCCAAACCAAGAGGAGCCAAAGCAGGGGAAGCGAUCGAUCCCUACGUGAUUGUAACGAUGCACGAUGUUCUAAGGAAUGAAGAUGGUAAAGCCACAUAUGUGUAUAGCUCUCAUUCGACAGCUUCCGUAAACGAUAACGGAUUUUGCCCAGUGUGGAACGAUAAAAAGACGAAGGACUUUAUCGUUAACACCCCGGAAGUCGCGAUGGUACACUUUUCUUUGCGCGAGAGCGACGUUGGGUUGGACGAGAAGGUAGGAGACGCAACAAUUCCGAUCAACAUGCUGCGACCAGGCUACAGAUCAAUCCAGCUUCUAGACUCCAAUAACACGAGAACGGGACCGUUUGGUUUUGCAACUCUAUUGGUCCAGAUUCAUAUGACAGACAUGUAAGAGUGCCUUCCAGCUAAAGUAUAGUGUUUUGUCUGUUUCA